CGAACGGCUGCUGGACGUGUGUGAAAGCAUAGCGCAUAGAGUGCGGAGCGCAAGAGAGAAAAUAUAGAGAAAGGCUAAAGCGGGGCAAACACAUACACACACACAUAGACGCACAGACAGUGACACAUUCACAUUCACACGCACAGGCACAUACACACGAUUAGAGAUUAAUAAUACAAAACUAAGUUGAAUACGAAAAAGCUGAAAUAACAGUUAUUUAUAGUAACGCGCUUGAAGUGAUUGUGCGUAAAAACGCUCUGCGAAUUUCUGCAACAAAAAAGUGGGUUAAGACGAAAGCUUUGCGAGAAAACAAUUCUUUUGAGGUCGCUCGUAAAAGCAUUCUACAUUUUUUCGUGGCCAUUGUUGUGUUGUUGUUGCUGUUGCUGGCAGUAGUUAAAAAAGCGUUGCAGACAUCGGUUGCAUGUGUGUAUGCGGCGGGGCAGAAGUGAAAAAAUGCAGUGCAGCAGCAAAAACAAAAACGAAGCAAAGCAAAUGGCUUGAUAGGCAACUAAAUAUUUAACAAUUUAAUUAUAACAUACCCAAAAACGAACGUGAUAUUUUACAACUGUGGCCUGCUUUUAGCACAGUACAAAACAACAACAACAAAACACACACAGAAACAUACACACGUACAGACACACACCAACACACACGCAAACUACAUAUAUAGCAAUAUAUGCCCAUUGAGUGCCUUAUAUCAUUUGAUAAUAAUCCACAAGGUGUCUACUAUGCCGGACAGGAACUAUCUGGCGUUGUUGAUCUCAGCGUCGAUGCGACCAAGCGCAUUAAAGGCAUUCAUGUCACCGUCAGCGGUUAUGCCAAGAUACGCUGGAUAAAAAAGGGAUAUCCGCGGGACAGCGAACGUGCCAUGUGUCGUGCCUAUCGAUCUUAUCUGUCAUCGCGAUCGUAUGUCCUUGGCUCCUGUGCGGGCAACUCGUGCAUCGAUUGGCUGGCCGGCGAAUACUCGUACACGUUUCACGUCAUACUGCCCGAUAAUCUGCCCACAUCCUUUGACGGCAAGUAUGGUCAAAUACACUAUGAGAUCAUAACGACGAUCGAGCGAUCGGGUCGCUACCCGAAAGUGUUCAAGCUGCCAUUUACCGUGAUACAACCAUUGGACCUGAACGCCGAUGCCAUCUACAAAGUACCUCUGGAGAUACUCGAUCGCAAGCGCUUCUGGAGCUUUUGCUGCCCAACGGGGCCGCUCACCGUCAAGUUCUCGACCCCCUACUGCGGCUAUGCGCCCGGCCAGAAGAUCCAUUUUGUUCUGUACAUCAACAACGAAUCGUCGAUCGAUAUAACCGAGUGCGAGGUGAAGCUGAAGCAGGAGGUUAGCUACGAGUCGCACGAUCCGCAGCAUGAGUAUCGCUAUGACAAACACCUGAUAGCCUUAAAGCAGUUCGGCAACGUGUUGCGCUGGUCACGCAAGGUGUACAGGGGAUAUUUGGAUCUGCCCUCGAUACCGCCGACGUCGGUGAAGCCGACCUGCCCCAUUAGCGUUAACUAUUCGAUUAAGAUCAUUGUGAAUCCGACCGAGUUCCAUUGGAAGCUGAAACUCAAAAUUCCGCUUACCAUCGGCAGCAUACCCAUCAUGGAUGGACCCGAUGCGCUGCUCCGUUUCAAUCGCCAGCAGCAACAGCAUCAAGUAGUUAGUCAACACUUUCAAAUGUCAACGCGGCAGAACCAAAGGCCGCACCGACCACCGCAACGUGGCAGCCUACUGAGCAGCAGCAACAAUAGUAGCAACAGCAACAGCAACAGUAACAACAACAACAACAAUCAGGCAACACAUGCCCUGCAGCGAUCGGGUGCGAUACUGCCGGCCCAAUCGAGUCCCUCAACAAUGCCAACGACUGCCGACCUGAGGCCAAUGGCCACCAUGCCAGCGAUAUUAGUGACCAGCGAUAGCGAUAGUCCCCCAGAUUAUAUACCCAUGAUGCCGCCCUCGUACGAAGAUGCCAUGGCUCUGAGCGAAAAGUUUAGCGAUGAUAUCGAAUUCCUGACAAAUGUUAGCAUGAGCAGCAUUUUGUCCGCUCAGGGCGACGUAACAAGUGAGCGUGAGCCCUUUAAACCGCGUUACCCGGUCUAUUACGAUUACGAGACACCGACCAUACCGCCCGAGACGCUCUACAGUGAAAGCUCGAACACGCAGAUUCGCUACGCCGUGCCACAGGAAACGGAUGAGAAUGGAACGAAUGAACAAGGAACAGCUGAUCUAUUGAACUGCGAGAAAAAGUGAAGCUGAAUGC